AUGUCGUGCACUAGCUGGGGCGAUUACAACGUCCAUAACUUCAGGUUCGACUCUCACGAGGAGGAGGUGCUCCAAGACACCCUGCAGUCGUCAGAUGUAAUCGAAAUCAGCUGUGUUAGUCACCACACCGUGCUCCACGGACGAACCCGCUUGCCACUCAACGAUUUCGAAGAGGCUCUCUGGCAGGACUUCGCGGUAGAAGUUCCCAUUCUACCCGGCGUGACUUGCCCCGUGUUAAACUUAUGUUUCAGUUUCCAGGACCACGAGAAUUACCCCGAGGACCCCAUCAUCGACGGACUGCCGGCCACCGUCUGGAUGGAGAGGUUCGAGCCGACGCUGCGUACCCACAUACGGCAUGGUGAUUUCGGGUUUGGCCCGCCAGCCGGCAACAGGAGAGAUAAUGCGAGGGUGGACCAACUACAACCAAUUGAAGAAGAUGAAGACUCAAUUACGGAUCUGACGCCAUAUUGCAAUGCGAGACCUCGAAACCGUCACCGAAGAAUCGCUGAAAACCAGUCUGCCAACCCAGACCUUCAAAUACAACCUUCAAUUUCUCAAACACCAGAACGACCAACCCAGACCCGUCAACCUCGGAACCUUCGACGUUAGAACGACAACAACCAAACCCAGAACCUCCAGUGUCAGAACCUUCACUUUCAGUUUCAGAACCUUCACUUUCAGAACAUUAUUUAAGAACCGAAUCGCAGCAAGAUCUCCCCGCAGAAAGUGCCCUGGUGACAGAACAAGAGGACGUGCCUUUUCGCAGAAAUGUGACCCGAAACAUCAGACCCGGCCUCCGACGUCUGCACCACUGGUACUCCAUACUGGCAUUCUUCGUGCAGAGGUCAUAGGCCAGUUACGACACCGACUUGAUCGCCGCAGCAGUCAUCGUAGUCGUAGGCGAAACUAGGAAGAGGAACAAGUACAAGAGUACUGGGAAGAAGAUAGAGACUUUUGGGACGAAGUUUAAUUAAGCAGAUGAUGUGAUGAUCGUAAAAAACGGGUCCCAUCGAGUGUUUUAAAAAAAAGUGAUUUCUGUCUCAUUUGCAUGACCAUCUUGGUCUAAUUCGGAAAGAGGAGCCAAAUUUGUUCAUUUCUAAAGCCUUUCAAACUGAGUGAUAAUGUAAUUUUCUCCUAGAUAAUUGCAUUGCUGCUAUUUGUAGUGCAGUUUGGAUAUUAUUAUUAAUAACCACUUGUUUCUUAGAAGAAAGUAAAGUAGUGUUUUGUGGUG